AUGCCUCUUCGCCGCCGCGAAUACUCCCUCUCAUCCGAUGAUGAGAGCUCCCGAUCCAGCUCAAGAUCCCGUUCUCAAUCUCGCUCUCGCUCACGCUCACGUUCACGCUCACAAUCCCGUCCGCGUGCCCGCUCCAUCUCCCGCUCCUCCACCGCCGGUCCCCAUCCUCGCAGCAACACCCACCGCAAACAUCGCAACCGCAACCACCCGCGCUUCCGCCGCCCCAGCGUGAAAACCGCAGCAAUCUUCGUCGCCGCUCUAGCAGUCGCUACAGUGUGCGUCCAUCGCAUAUGGCAGAAACGCACCGCCCGUUCGGAGAAGGACCACUGGGAGAACUCACCCGGCCGCCACUCCCGCCGGCGGAAUGUAGUCCGUGACAGGCACAACGGGUACCUCGAUGGCGGCGGUUAUAACCACAGCAACAGACGGCAGUUGCACGACAGGGACUACCGCAGCCGUGGCGGAUCGAGGUUCUACGACGACGAGAGCGACGGGGACCCGUAUUACUCCGACUACUGCCCCUCUCCGAGCGAGAGGACGAGGUUUCCGCGGAGGGAGAGAAUAGGUGAUCGGAGGGGGCGCGGGUUGGAGGCAGAAGACGGUGCUGGUUCUGCGUUUGGCGGGGGCAGAGAUGAGCUUGUGAGAUACGAGAAAGCGUCAACUGCGCGCUCGGAGGCGGAAAGUAAUCGGCUUUUUGACGAAGACACGCGGUCUCGCAGACGGUUCGAGGAUACCAUAGACGACUGGAAUCGAAGGGAUGCAAGGCGGGAGCCCUCCCCAUCAGACGAGCGGAGGCCUGAGCCUAUACCUGCUGAUCGGAGAUCUCGACGGAGGUCAGACUACUAUUAG